AUGAAAACUGAUGUCACACCGAACACGUGGUACUUACCACACUUUGGUAUUGACAACCCCAAUAAAAGCAAGCUUCGGCUGGUCUUCGAUGCUGCCGGUAAGGUAAAUGGUUCCUGUCUUAACGACUAUUUACUCACUGGGCCCGACCUACUGUCAUCAAUUCUUGGUAUUAUGCUGCGCUUCAGGGAAAGAAAAAUCGCAGUAACAGGUGACAUAAAGGACAUGUUCCUAAGAGUCAAGGUUCACGCCGAAGAUCAGCAUGCUCUAAGGUUUUUAUGGAGGAGCAGCCCUACGGAUAGAAUCAAAACGUAUGUAAUGACUUCUUUAAUUUUUGGAGCUAACUGCUCACCCUUUGUUGCUCAGUUUAUUAAAAACAAGAACGUCCGGGGAUAUGAGUCAUCGUCGCCGGCCGAAGUCAAUGCGAUCUAUCACUCUCAUUAUAUGGAUGACUACAUAGAUAGUGUGCCGGAUGAAACUACCGCGAUCGAGUUAGUUAAAAACAUUAGCGAUAUUCACAAGAGUGGUGGUUUCGAAAUUCGAAACCGGACUAGUAACAGUGUUGCCGUUUUAGAUAGCGUACCAAAGGAGACUUAA